AUGUUCUCUUCAGACGACUCAGAUAUUGAGAUGACGGACAUCAAUGAUAACCAAACACAAUCUCGACAGGGCUCACGCUGGAUUUCCCGAAGAAAGCCAGGCAUCAUGACCAAGUCCAAAAAAUCUGCACUCGACAAGCUCCCACUCGAGGUUAGACGAAUGAUCUACAAGGAGCUCUUAGUAAAUCCAGUUGUAGGAACCAUGAAGGCCAUUGAAGCAGACACCGAGUUUGGAGUCGAAGCCACCUAUGGACUCACACCGGCCAUAUUACGCACAUGUCGCAGCGUCUACGCAGAAGCUUCGGAGGUCUUGUACGACCAAACCUUCAUUAUCAAGUGCGAUUACAGCUAUCGCGGUGGAAGCUUGGGCAGAGACCUGUUAUGUCAUGCCCUUAUUCCUGUCAAGUCUUUGGCAAUGACACAAGCCCGUUCCUGGAAAGUUCUCGUCGAUUCGUCUGUCGAUAAAACCGAUUCACACCAACAGUUCUACGAAUUCUGUAGAGCAGUCUGCGACGCUCGUCCAAAGAAGAUCGAGAUUGUCAUGUUGAAGACAGGAACCGGUCCACCUAAUCCAGCUCAAGUCGGGCGGUUGGGAAUAUGCCGUACGUGGAAGCCAUGGGAAACACUAGCACCACUUACCAUGUUACGCAAUGUCGGAAAAUUAACCAUCAGAAAUGAGUACCCGUCGUUCCUCCAUGAAAUCGACGGCUUCAACCCAGACGAAGUUGUCUGGAAUUCCCACGAGCCUGGGAAAGUAUUGACUCGCAUGCUACAAAAUCUGGUACAAAGCGGUAGACCAGUUGAGAGAAUAUUCACGAUGCGAGAAAAGCUUGUCAUUCUCGCGGAGAGCUUCGAGCGAUAUCUUCCCUUCAAGAUGGACAUGAAUUUCCGCGCUCCCUUAACUAUGCACGACAAUAUUCGUUCUCAUCCAGAGGACAUACAUGAACUUAUCGAGUUCGGUUACAAGAGAUACACUGAGUAUCAUGUUCCAAACCCAAACCGCAACAAAGACGGCAACAACGACCCGGAAGAGUCUCUGUUCCAAGCCAGAAAUGCCGAUUUGACUAUGCAAAAUUCUAGUUUCAAGCAGCAUAGGGAAGAAGUGGUCAAGCAAUUGCGACUCCAGUAUAAGAGAUUGCUAGAUGCUUCUAACAAGCUAAAGUCUUUCAAAUCUGAACGAGACCAAUUUUGGGAGAGAAAAGAUGCUGGAUUUGCUCACUGGCUACUAUUAAUCGAAAAAUAUGCCGCAGAGUUUGAGCGCAAGAAGAACCCUGAUACAGCUGCAGAGUUCCGCAGACAGAAGCGCAGAUUCGAUAACCUCCGUGCAACAUGGCCAAGAGAAACCAUGCUUGGUAAGCUGGAUCGAAUGAUGGAGGAUCGGGAGUUCGAUGAAUUCGAGACGGUUGCCCUGACAGUUGAGGAGGACAUGGACAAGCAAGUCGCAGGAAUGACAGCUGCAUGGAGAGAUCUUUUCAAGGCAGAUGUGUACAAGGAGAGAUUCUGUCAAUACAAAUUUGAUCUUGCAGCCUUGCGAAGAAAGAGAGUUGUUCGAGAUAGGGAUGAGGAAUAG